ACAAUCGUUUUUACAACAUUAAAACGUCAUCAAAAAGACACAAAAUACAAAUAGAAGAAAAGGGAAAGGAUCUUGAAUUAAAGGUUAAAUUUUUAUGCAUAAUUAAAUAUCGUUUCCUGGUGCUCUGUAAUUGCUGUUAAAUAUGGUCAUAAAUGGCAAGGCGAAUGGAGAGUUUCACUCCUCAUACCUGUAUGACCCAGAACUUUUGCAUGGUCUUGAAUGGAACUCUGCUCAAAACAAAGUGACCCCUUUUAUCACUAAUGAGCAACCCGGUGAGGACUAUUUUCUUGUUCGCCCCCUACAAAUUGAUGACUAUGAGAAGGGCUUUUUGCAGUUGCUUUCUCAGCUUACUACUGUUGGGGAUAUAACACAGGCAGAAUAUGAAGCUCAAUUCAGAAAAAUGCAAAAAGCGGGUUGCUACUUUGUCACAGUAAUCGAAGAUAUUCGCCAUAGUAAAAUCAUUGGAGCUGCAACACUAGUUACUGAAAUGAAGUUCAUACACAAAUGCGGUAUGAGGGCUCGGUUAGAAGAUGUGGUUGUGAAUAAUACUUAUCGUGGAAAGCAGCUUGGAAAAUUGAUUGUCUUAACUGUGACCCUGUUAGCCAAAAAAAUUGGCUGCUACAAAAUGUCUCUGGAUUGCAAAGAUCCGCUCAUUCCAUUUUACAAGACUUUAGGAUAUACUUUGGAGCCCGGCAAUGCCAACACCAUGAUGCUACGGUACGAAUCGAAAUUAUGAGAUUAGAAAAAAUAAGAGAUUGUAAAAAUGUUGUGCAAUAUUUAAACUUAAGUCGUGUAAAUAAAACAUACUGGUUACAUUA